AUGUCAAUAUGGCUCGUGAUUUCUACAAUUUUUUUAUUACAAUUUCAUUUUCAAACAAUAAUUUCUUUUACUACUACAACAAGUUACCACCAUAGUGAAACAGACGUACCUUCAUGCGGUAGAAAAUUAUUUGGUGGGUAUAGAAUCGUUCCGAGGCCAUGUACCACAACAGCAUCAUCAUCGUCGUCGUCAUCAUCAACGGAUAAAAAUCAAUCAGAGCCAAAGACUGGAAUUUGUAUGUUUAAUUACGAAUGUAAUCAAAGACGAGGUGAAAUGAUCGGCUCUUGCAUUGAUGGAUUUUUAUUUGGUGUUUGUUGUUCUCUACCUAAUUCGGGUGAAAUACAAAUGAUAGGAGAUGACGUCGUUCAUCUUUUGGGUUCCUACGGUAGUUCUUUAGCCGAAUCAUCUAGUAAAAUUUCCCUUUCGGAUAAUAAUAAUAAUAAUGAAUUGAAGAAAAGUACAACAACGACGGAAUAUCCCACGGCAAAAUUUAGCACGCGACCUGAUUUUGAAACCGCACAAAAAACGAGUCCUGCGUACAACAGCGAAUUUUUCGCCGCCUCCAAAGAUCCAGAUAAAUUAAUAAGUUUAUUGAUAUCCGGUACCACGGCGGCAAAUUUUAAAAAACCAUCGUUUCAAAAACCGAUACUCGAACAAUAUUUUAACGGUAACGCGAGUGGACAAUUCAUCGAUAAUCAAGAUUACUUGCCAUUGCACGUGUAUCCAGCAGCCGACACGGUACUUUUAAAUCACGACGGUACAAUCGUCGAAGAUGAUAAAAAUCCUGAAAAUGUUUUUACGAUACCCAAUUCAAAUAAUAAAUACGGUGAAAAAUUCACUACGCCCAGUAUGGAAAAUCAACUUUCGGAAAAUCAAGAUAAUUUCGGGUACAUAUUCGGCAACAAUCAUAUAUUUCCGAUUAAAGAUUCGACUAAAACGGAAUCCGUCACCAAAGGUCAUAUCGAAUCAUCAUCUGGUCAUUUUUCCACUCAAAAACCUUUACGUAACACCGUUUCCGAAACGCAAAAUCCUCAAUGGCAAGAAUUAUACACUUACGUAACGCAACAUCCUACUCAAAGUAAUACGCAAACUCAAUCGGAUGAUGACGUCACUUUUGUUAAAUACCCGAAUAAACCUGAUAUGUUGACAACUUCUUCGUUUUUCUACAAGAAAACGGAUUCUCAACCUCCGAAACUUUCACCGACAACAUCUCACCCGAAACCAUCCUAUAUUAUUUCCGAAGAUAAUUUAGUUCUUUUACCUACUUACACGAGUAGUAGUGGUAGUAGUAGUAGUAGCAACAACAAUAACGAUAAAAAUAAAGAUAAUAAUAACAAAACGAAAAAACCGGUCACGAAAGUACCCACGGACUUAACCCAAGUAACGAGUAAAAAAUCAAGCAAACCGAUAUUUUUAUCGAGUACGAUACCAAUAAGAGCAACGACUUUGCCUGCUUUCGAUCCGGAUGAUAGGUAUCCGAGUUUUAGUUAUGAUUAUUACACGGGUAGUUCUAAACCUCCGAUAAUGAUAUCCCAACCGAUAGGAGGUUUAGAAGACAAUAAUCAAGCGAUAAAUCAUAUAAUUGGAAUACUUAAUUCGACUUAUCCGAAACCGGAAGUUGUUACCACACCAGGUAAUACGGAUUCCGGAUUAUCUACUUGGGUAUCGAUAAUAGGAGAUGAUGAGUCAAAUAAAAAAAAACGUCCUAAACCAGGAUCUACCAAACCUGGAACAUCGACAACUGUUGUUCACGGUCCCGCCUUUUCGGUAACUCCUAAUCAACAUAAGCCGGCUCCGACUUUGGUUGUGAUAAGCCAUGAUACGACUCAAAGUAUUCAAACCGCUAAGCCUAGUAAAAAACCGAGUCGUCCAACUCCUACCCUGAAUAAAUUUUCGACAAAAACAACCACAACAACAACAACAACAAAACCGACUCAAUUUUAUGAAAAUAAUGUUUAUCAUACCGGUCAAGAAAAUCUAAUUAAUUUUCCACCGGUGAGAAAUCCGGAUUUAAAUUCCACAGCUUUAAAUCAAAUGGAAAAACCUACUGUAGUUGAAACAUACGUUUCCGGUCAAAAUGAAGUCAUACAAUUACCCAACGGUAUCGCUCUUGAAGUAGUACCCGACGGUACUCCUUUAAACGGUUUAGAGGAAGAAGAUGAAGAUUAUAAUGACAUUACGACUCCUUCCUUUCACGAAGAGAAAGUCGGUAGCCAAGUUCAUUUAUUCGUUGAAAAAAUAGUCAAUUCCCUUUCGGAAAAUUUUCAAGAUUUAGAACAUGUUUUGUUUAAAAACGAAAACAAAACUUCAUUGACAAGUUCGAAUGGCGUUCAGUUGAACAACGUUCACGUUGGAGAAGAAAAUGAUAAAUACACGACGGAGGGAGGUAACACUAUUUUAACAACUACUAGACUACCACCACGACGGUCGACAACUUUAAGACCUGAAUUCGACGACACUACUAUUUUCGAAACAACUAUUUACACUCCGACAAAAAGACCAACGAGACUGACAACUAAAAAACCUUCGACAAAUUAUUUAACCACAUUACCCGGUAUAAUAAUUAAAAAACCUACAACUCUUCCUUCAACUAUAACCGAACCGGUUAAAAAACCGAUAACGAUUUCUCCAACGAAAAAACCAACGGUAACAUCGAUACCUACGAGAAAACCAAUUUCAUCUACAGGCACCACAACAGGUACUAAAAAACCAACUAUAAUAACCGUAACUAAACGACCGACUACGGUUACGACGAAAAGACCGACAAGCAUUUUAACUACUAUUACAACGAGAAGAACAACAGUGACGAAAAAACCUAAACCGACUACUACUACUACGACUACCAAACGUACAACAACAACCACAACUACAACAACUGAGAUACCAAACGUUGGUUCUGAAGGAAAUCUCGAAGAUACCGAACCUGAAAUUGAAUCACCACCACCGGUAGAUUUUCGUAGGCAAUGCGGCGUUCGACCAUUGGUAAAAAAAGGAGGUAGAAUCGUCGGAGGUAAAGGUUCUCAAUUCGGGUACUAUCCUUGGCAAGUUUUAGUUCGUGAAUCGACAUGGUUGGGACUUUUUACUAAAAAUAAAUGUGGCGGAGUUUUAAUCACCAACAGAUACGUCAUAACGGCGGCACAUUGUCAACCCGGAUUUUUAGCGUCGUUGGUAGCAGUUUUUGGAGAAUACGACAUAAGCGGAGAACUUGAAGCUAAAAGAUCUGUGGCGAAAAACGUACGAAGAGUAAUUGUACACCGACAGUACGAUCCGGCAACAUUCGAAAACGAUCUUGCACUUUUAGAACUCGAUUCGCCAAUUAAUUACGAGGAACAUAUUGUUCCGAUAUGCAUGCCUAGAGACGGUGAAGACUACGUCGGAAGAAUGGCAACCGUAACCGGUUGGGGACGAUUAAAAUACGGUGGAGGAGUUCCAAGCGUUUUACAAGAGGUACGAGUUCCACUUAUCGAAAACAGCGUUUGUCAAGAAAUGUUUCAAACGGCAGGACAUCAAAAACGUAUAAUAAGCAGUUUCUUAUGUGCCGGUUACGCAAACGGUCAAAAAGAUUCGUGCGAGGGAGAUUCAGGCGGUCCACUAAUGGUUGAAAGAGAAGAUGGCCGUUGGGUACUAUUAGGUACGGUAUCACACGGUAUUAAAUGUGCAGCACCUUAUCUUCCAGGAGUCUACAUGAGAACAACAUAUUACAAACCCUGGUUAAAAAGCAUCACUGGCGUGACCGCAUCCUAA